UCCCUCCCUCCGUGGAUGUUGCUAGAAGGUGAAGGCAUCAGCGCAGGCUGCGGAGGCUGCGGCGGCUGCAGCAGCCCCGAGACAUCCCUGGAGAGGGGUGGAAAGGACCCGACGAGGAGGCUCAAGCUCAGCUCCGGCCCUUUCCCAGCUCCUGCUGCUCCGGCAGCAUCACUAGUGAGGAGCCAUGACCCAGGGGAAGCUCUCGGUGAACAACAAACCCCCCAGCUCCGAGGGGCAGGGGGAGAAGAAGGACAAUGCCUCAGCCCCACCAGCACCUCCGAGCUAUGAAGAGGCAACAGCAGGAGAAGGGAUGAAGGCGGGUGCUUACCCUCCUCCUCCAUCAGUCCCAUUGCACCCCAGCUGGGCUUAUGUGGACCCCAGCACGAGCCCGAGCUAUGGCAGCAGUGGGUACCCAGGGGACACGGAGAUGCUCACCACCUUCAGCUGGGACGACAGGAGCGUGCGCAGGGUCUUCAUCAGGAAGGUUUAUGCCAUCCUGAUGGUCCAGCUCUUGGUCACUGUUGUUAUUGUGGCUUUCUUCACCUUCUGCGAGCCAGUCAAGGGGUACAUCCAGACCCACUCUGCCUGGUACUGGGCUUCCUAUGCCGUUUUCUUUGUGACCUACUUGAUCCUCGCUUGCUGCUCUGGGCCCAGGAGGUAUUUCCCAUGGAAUCUCAUCCUGUUGAGCAUCUUUACACUCUCUAUGGCCUAUCUCACCGGGAUGCUCUCCAGUUACUACAACACCAAGUCAGUCCUCCUGUGCCUGGGAAUCACUGCCCUGGUGUGUCUGUCUGUCGUGAUCUUCAGCUUCCAGACCAAGUUUGACUUCACCUCUUACCAGGGGGUGCUCUUCGUGAUGCUCAUGGUCCUCUUCUUCGGUGGCAUUAUCCUGGCUGUGAUACUGCCCUACCAAUAUGUCCCUUGGCUCCACGCGAUCUACGCUCUGCUCGGUGCCAUUAUCUUCACUAUGUUCCUGGCAUUCGAUACCCAGAUGCUGAUGGGGAACCGCCGGUACUCGCUCAGCCCUGAGGAAUACAUCUUCGGAGCCCUCAACAUCUACCUGGACAUCAUCUACAUCUUCUCCUUCUUCCUCCAGUUCUUUGGCUCCAGCCAGGAGUGAGUGCAGCAAAGCAGCAGCUCUGCUGCCAAAAUGCAAGUGUUUGAAAGAGAUUUCAAGCAGAGGUUUAAACCCAACCAAACCAAACCAAAUCCACCCUUUCUGGCCCGUGGCUCCAUCCACCCAGCUGAGCAAAGCCCCCGGGAUCCCCGUGCAGCUUGUACAUAUGCUGUUAGGUCUUUGUGAGCCAGAAAGCAAAGCAGGGCUUAAGUGUUCUGUGUCUUCUGCUCCCUCCAUCCUCCUGAGCUCAAAACCAGACCAGAGGCAUGAGACCAUGAUCUUCUCCAUAGAGGCUGCUGGAGUCGCCUGUCUGAGUCCUGCACCUCUUGGGCUGCAGAACAGCUCUGCAAAGGGAAUAGAACAUUAAGGAGUAGGGAAUUUUGCUAGGAAAGCCAGCUGAACGAAGGGGAAAGGCUAGGGAAAUGCUUUCUCUCCUGCAUUCAUUGGGAGAGAUAGAUUCCUGACAGUGCCUGCUUUUAGGAAUGCAGAGCAUGGGAUCACCCGUGGAUGUCCCAGCAAACAGUCCUCCAGGCACAACGGAACCUGCUGUUCGGGAUGUGCAGCCUCUCUGGGGACAUCCCUAAUAUCCCCAAAGAAGGAAUUCUUGUGUGUCCUUUGCUGUGGGGCUGGGAAUGUUCUUUCCUUCCUUCCCAGGGUGGGAUAACAGGACCACUGAUGUGGAUUUGCCUCCCACCCAAAGGGACACGGUUGUAAGUUCUCCCGGAAGAACCUGGGAGAGGCAUGAUCCCAUGGGAGGAUUAUUGGCAGAGAUGGAAGAGGCUGCAAAUCCUGAUGUGGGGAAUGAGAGGCCACAUCCCGACACCCACCAUGCGGAUCUGACCCUUCCCAAACCACCUUGGUUGUGUGAGAUCAGUGGGUUUAAGUGGUUAUGAUCCCCAGGCCGAGGCCAGGCUGAAUUCCUGCUGCUCCAAACCAAACCCACUGUUGCCUCUUCCUCCUGCUCUGGCCCUUUCCCAGAUCUUCUCUCCCGGACAGGGAUGUCAGUGAGGGCACUGGUGGUAACUUUCCACCUUGCCCUUGCUCACAUUCCCCUCUUUGGGGGCUUAGCUGGCUAAUGUCUAACCCUGGAGAUAAGAAGCCUUUUGCUCUCAUUCGAGACGCGAUCCCUCCUGCUGAUAGGAGCCGUAUCUCCCAUCGCCCCGGGAAUGGCAAGUGCGUCACGGAGCUGCCUCCAGCGUGUUGGGGACGGGCUGAGCCCCAACGCUCCAUCCCGCACGUUUCCCUGCCCCGGCUUUCCCCCUUCACAUGUUGUAUCCUGCGGCCACACGUGCUUUGGGCACAGGAAAGUUACUGCACAGAAGGGAAACGGCUUCACCCCCACGGCUGUGCUCAUAUAGGAGCACAAGUGACACCUUCCCCUUUAGCUUCCUCCCCAAAGCAACAAGGAACUCAAAUCCCAAACAGUUUUAGGGAUAAAGGAGGCUCUUUUGCAAUGCAUUGCACUGAUUUUGCAUUGCAUUACAUUGAUAUUGUGUUGCAUUGAUUUUGCAUUGCUUUGCACUGAUUUUGCAUUGCAUUGCCCUGAUUUUGCAUUGCAUUGGUGCGUUGGUUUCAUGACACACUGAUUUCUGCAGAGAAAGACACAGAUUGAAUUGCUGAGCAGGCAGAACUGGGAGAGGGACAGCAUGGGAAGCACCUAAAAGUUGAUGGAAUAGGAGUUUAAAGUGGGAAUUUUCUGGCUCAGACCCACGCAGGCACCUCUGGAAUCGCAGAUUGUGGCCGCCUUGUGCUCACAGCAAAAGGCCUUUGGGUGUUUCUGCUUUCCAGCUUUCGAGGAGGGAGAAUGGAGCAAUGUGAUGAGUUCUGCCUAUGACAUAGUCUCAGACCUCCUCCUCUGGAGGACAACCCAGCCCCAUCUUUGUGCUGGGACCCCUCACCCUGGCCCUGGGGAGGAGAACACGGAGCUGAUCUCUGGAUCUCUGGCUCUUUCCUUCUGGUGUGGAGGGACUUUGCUGCUGCUUCGUCCUGGCUUUGUGCUCCGGUGUGGGAAAAGCUUGCAUGGAACCUGCUCCAUCUCAGGCCACUCCAAUGGGGAUGGCUCCUGCCCCUCCAUGCAUGUGUCCUGCGCCCUCUUCUCUUGCCUCCAUCCAAGCCACAUCCUCCGAAAGCCCUUGGGCUGAGCAGUGAGUAACGUGCUCAGGGAGGUGGAAGUCCUCAUGAGGAUGAGUAACACAGGAUUAGGGGUGGGAUGUAGCUUAUGGGCAUGUUCCUCCGGGGUUCAUUGCCCAUCCGCGCAGGGGAGUUGCAAGGCUGCUUCUCUUCCUCCUGUGGAUGUCCUUUACCUGCGCUCCGCAUCCUCUCGGCUCUGUGUCCCCUGCUCCUUGUGUCCGGUGAGCUCCUUGUAAAUAGGGUUUUGUAUUUUCUUGGGACAUUGCUAAUAAACUGGUGCAAAACUG